UAGAACCGCAGCAGAGGCGUUUGGAUUUUGUUUUUGUUUGACUUUGGACUUCAUUUGUUAUUAUAAAGAGGAUCACAAUGAGCCACCCACUUGGCCAUUCUGCUGUUACAACAAACCAGCCCAGACGCCCAGAGGCAGAGAAGAUCGAAUGGAGUUCAAGGCUGUCCGGCUUCUGCGAGGAUAAAUCUAUGUGCUGCUAUGCCUUAACGUGUCCUCUUCUGAUGAGCACUGGGGUGACAGAGCAGUAUGGCGAAGGGUUUGGCCUUGGGGCAGUGCCCUUUUCCCUCAUGGCUUUAAGAAGUGAUAUAAGAGAGAGAUACAACAUUAAGGGGAGUUUAUGUCUGGACUGGAUGGUGGGCUGCUGCUGUGGACCUUGUGCCGUUGUGCAAAUGGCCAAAGAGGUUAAUAAGAGACACCCUUACUGAGUCCUGUUCCUAAAAUGAAUCCAAAUAAAGAGCCCUCUUAGGAAAAUUCA